AGUAACUAAUAUCAUCACCAAAAUAAAUUAUUAUUAUUCUCCAUAUUAUUAUUGAAAAUCGUAUUUUGAGAUAAAUAAUUCGUUGUAAAUAUUAUUAAUAAAUAAUAAACAAUCCUAGUGGUAAUAGUUUCUUCGACUGUUAACUGAUAAAACUGUUAAAGGUCAAGGCUCAAAUAUAACGUUUAUCUUUUUCAAUGGUUUUAAAUAAAAUUCCUCAUAUAUUUGUUUAUAAUAAAACAGAAACAAGUAUAAAAAAGUUAUUAAAUUUCAAUACUAAAUGAUUGUAGUGGAGUAAUCACCAUUCGUAGUUCUAAUAGGUUGUUGUAAGGAGUGUUACUAAUAACUAAUUUUUCAAAAGAUGUCGAAAUGGAAUGUAAUAUUGGGAUCAAUAACGGCCCUAGCUGCCGUCGUGGUAUUUCUUGUUGUAGGAAUAAAAGCCAUACAGAUCAAUUUAAACGACACUAACAGACGACUAGAAAUGGUUCAUAUCAUUAUGAGACAUGGCGAGAGAACACCUGCCAGUACGUAUCCUAACGAUCCCCAUAAAGACAAUAGUCUUUAUCCUAUAGGUUGGGGUCAGUUAACUAAUAAGGGAAAAUUGACUUUAUACGAAAUUGGUAAAUACUACAGAGAACGAUAUGGUAAAUUUGUUGGAGAUAUUUACUCUCCCGAUGAAUAUUACACUCAGUCCACUGACGUAGACAGGGCUAAAGCUAGUAUGCAGUUAGUGAACGCCGGUUUUUGGCCACCGAAAGGAGAUCAAGUAUGGGGACCACUUAAUUGGCAACCUAUUCCUAUUCAUACCGAACCACUAGAGCAAGACAGUUUGUUGCUUGUGAGAAAACCGUGCCCUAAAUAUCACAAAGAAAAAGAGAAAGUUAAAAAAUCUAAGGAAGUACAAGAUUUGCUAAAACAAUACGAGGAUCUGUUCAAGGAAUUAACUGAUAUUACAGGACAAGAAGUUCACGAUUUUGAGGAUGUUCAAGAUAUUUAUACUACACUACAAGCGGAGGAAAAAUUUGGUUUAAACUUACCCAACUGGACACAUAACUAUUAUCCAUCGAAGAUGCACUUUCCUACUGUUAGAAGUUUUGUCCUUAAAGCUUUUAACGAUGAUAUGAACAGAUUGAUUGGUGGUGUUUUACUCAAAAAACUCAUGGAAGACUGGACAACGAAAAUAGAAGGAAAAAAUAAUUUCAAAGCUUUCCUUUACGGAGGUCAUGAUCAGACUGUUGUAAACUUACUCAGUACAUUAAAAAUUUGGGAUGAACAGUUACCCGAUUACGCAAUUACGGUAUUAUUUGAAUUAUAUAAAGAUACUAGCACUGAUGAAUAUGGAGUUGAAAUUUAUUUGAGAAAUUCCACCCAAGUACCACCUUUCAAGUUGAUAGUACCUGGUUGUACUAGCUUUUGUCCAGUACCUAAACUGAAACAGCUCACAAAAAAUGUCAUUCCUGACAAUUGGGAAGAAGAAUGUCAAAUCGAUGACAAGAAUUAUGUGGUUCCUUCUUUACGUGGACCGUAGAAUUCAAGAAAAAAACUUUUUACUUAAAUGUAAAUAGAUUUUUGUAGAUUUAAUAAAAAUAUUAAGUUUU